UAAUGUAUGUUUGUUGAGAGAGAGAGAGAGAGAGCAUCUUUGGGCUGAAGUCAUCGGCCUCUGGUUGUCGUCCUCAUCAUUUCUCAUGCGGCAAUCACACGGUCGCCAUCAUCAUCUCAGCUCAGCUCAUCAACUUAAUACCAAGUGUCGAUCCAACAUCAAACUCUCUAACCCACCCAAGCCACCGCCUUAUCUAGUGUUUACUUCCUCUUUCCUCUUUUUCCAUUUUUCUGUGACUUUUACUUUUCUUUUACUAUUUGGGUCUUUGAUUCAGCUCUUCCUCCGUCAAUUUUGACCCUUUUCCCCCUUCCUACCUACAGAGAAUAAAAGAAAAGGAAAAAAAAAAUUCUUGGGACCUCAGAGUAUUGAGAUUUUGCUUCCUGAGAUUAUAGUAUUGACCCGGUAAAAAAAAAUUGGGAUGUUUGUGGAUUGGAGAAUUUUUAAGUACAUGAGGUGAAAGAAGAGCAAACUCCAUGUCCAGAAUCUGUGCUCCAUAUCCACCUGGUUUGUCUUCUUCUUCAGUGUUAUCUUGAAGAUUUAAAAGGGAACAAAAAUGAGGAUGAGGAACAAAUACCGGAAACCAACCACUUUACGUUGCAAUGCAGGGAGCAGAUGCUCAUUGUUGGCAUGGAGCUUGGUGGGAUUUUUUCUUAUACUUCAACUGUACACUUUUAUCCAUGAUACAGAUGUGCAUAAUGAAGAAAAUCAGAUGCGCAUAAGCCACCGCCUGCAAUUGCAUGAGCUUGAAGAGGUUGAGGAGGAGAAUAUACAAAGUCCCACACCAAGGGGAAGACGAUCUCCUCGUGCUGCUAAAAGGAGGCCUAGGAAAGUCCACACUAGCUUGAUUGAUGAAUUCCUUGACGAGUCUUCCCAGCUCAGGCGCAUUUUCUUUCCUGAUGAGACUAUGGCUAUAGAUCCCGUAAAGGAUACUGGGAAUGAAAGUUCCUACUAUUUCCCUGGUAGAAUUUGGUUGGAUACUGAUGGAAAUCCAAUUCAAGCCCAUGGAGGUGGUAUUCUAUACGAUGAAAAGACAGAAACAUACUAUUGGUAUGGAGAGUUUAAAGAUGGUCCCACCUAUCAUGCUCACAAAAAGGGUGCAGCCCGGGUUGAUGUUAUUGGCGUUGGUUGCUAUUCAUCAAAAGAUUUGUGGACAUGGAAAAAUGAAGGGAUCGUACUAGCAGCUGAAGAAAAGAAUGAAACUCAUGAUCUGCACAAGUUAAAUGUUCUGGAGAGGCCAAAAGUCAUUUACAAUGAUAAGACGGGUCAAUACGUAAUGUGGAUGCAUAUUGAUGAUACAAACUACACAAAAGCUUCAGUAGGUGUGGCCAUUGGCAACUCUCCUACCGGCCCUUUCAAGUAUCUUUACAGCAAAAGACCUCAUGGGUUUGAUAGCAGGGACAUGACUAUCUUCAAAGAUGAUGAUGGGGUGGCAUACCUCGUAUACUCUUCAGAGGACAACAGUGAGCUUCAUAUCGGACCUCUCAAUGAAGACUAUCUGGACGUGACAAAUAUCAUGAGAAGGAUUCUUGUUGGACAACACCGGGAAGCCCCAGCUCUAUUCAAGCACCAGGGCACAUAUUACAUGAUUACAUCAGGAUGCACUGGUUGGGCUCCAAAUGAGGCUCUAGCCCAUGCUACUGAAUCAAUAAUGGGACAAUGGGAGACCAUCGGAAACCCAUGCAUUGGUGGUAACAAAAUUUUUCGACUGACAACAUUUUUUUCUCAGGGCACUUGUGUGCUUCCUUUGCCUGGAUUUCCUGGCUCGUUCAUUUUCGUGGCUGAUCGAUGGAAUCCAGCUGAUUUGAGGGACUCAAGGUAUGUAUGGUUGCCACUGACUGUUGGAGGGCCUGUAGAUGAGCCUCUGGAGUACAGUUUCGGGUUCCCUAUGUGGUCCAGAAUUUCCAUAUAUUGGCAUAAGAAAUGGAGGCUUCCUCACCGAUGGAAGGGAAAGCAAUGAUACAUGACAGGCGUGUUGCAUUUGACACAGAGGUGUACCAUAUAUUCCGCAAUCCUAUAAUUAUUCUUUUCAUUUUUAUUCAAAAUCUUUUUCAGUUCAACCCAACAAUAAGUAGAUGUAAAUUGCUAGAGUCGGAGGUGAGUGAGUUGAGCUUACAGCUCACCCUGCUUAUUUAGGCCCUGAUGAUAUUGCAUUAUUACUUCCACUGUGUUGAUUUCUCAUAUGAAGUGAAAUUCUGAUGAGGCGUAUGAUGCUUAUAUCUGUGAACCUCGCCUUUUAA